AUGGGCGGCGACGAGUGGUGGCUCGGGCGGGAGCUGCGGGCGCUCCUGGAAGCGCAGGCGGCGGAGAAGGCGGAGCAGGGCUGCGAGAAGGCGGCGUGCCCGACGGCCGCCGAGGCGCCGGAGAAGGCGGAGAAGGGCCCGCCCGCCCCGGCCCCGGCGCCGGUGUCGGCGGCGCGGCGCGCGCCCGGCGCGCCGUGGGACGACGUCGACGACGCGCUCGAGGCCGUGGCCGCGCGGAGCCGCUGGCUGUCGCCCGCGCAGGCGUUCGCGCUCCUGCGCGCCGAGCGCGGCCGCGACGCGCGCCUCGCGGCGCUGCCCAUGCGGGACACGGCGUCGCCCGCCGAAGCGAGCGCGGCCGCGUGCUACGUCGUGCGGAAGCGGCCCAAGGCGGACGGCCCGCGCCGGCUCGCGGCGCCGGGCGCGGCGCAGGUGCCCGCGACGGCCCAGGGCCUCGUGCGCCCGGUGCCCGUGACGUUCCAGUCGGUGGUCAACUCCUACGUCCACUGGCUCGAGGAGCACCCGACGAUCGGCGUCGCCGUCUGCAAGAUGUCGCGGAGCAAGCGGAAGCCGCACCGGUCCCGGGAGCGCAAGGAGCUCCUCGAGGACGGCUACGACGAGUCGCAGGAUCGCCUCGUCUCCCACGGCCUCACGGGCCGCAUGUACAAGCUCGUCGUCCGCGGCCGGUCGCCGAAGCCGGACGCGCCCGGCGAGGCGCCGCCGGCGCCGGCGCCGGAGCUGCCCGCAGGCCCGCGCGUCCGCUGCGAGAAGAAGCCCACCCGCGGCGGCGCGUGCGAGGCGCUCGAGGGCAGCAGCAUCGUCCAGAUCUUCGUCGACGAGGCCGCGGCGCGCUUCGUCGGGCCCGCCCGUUCGCGCCCGGCCCCCCGCCCGUUCCGGCCGCCGCCGCCCGCGGACUACCCGACGCCGCGGCGCUUCGCCGUGCCCGCGGAGGCGUCCUACGGCGGCACGGGCUACGGCUACGACGCCCCGCGCCUCGCGGCCUAUUACGCGGAGCACUUCCCCUACUCGCGGCGCGGCGGCGCGCCGCGGCCCGACGGCGCCGAGGCGCUCCGCGCCGCGCGCGCCGCCGACGAGCCCCGGCGGCGCACCCUCGAGGGCGCGCCGGCGCUCGGCCGCGACCCCAACGACGUGGCGCGGCACAUCUUCGACAGCGCGCCGGCGCCGCCGCGCCACCCGGAGUACGCGGGCCGCGCCACGAGCGAGCCGCGCGGCCCCCUCGAUGGGCACCACCCGGCGUUCUUCGACGGCGCGCCGCCGCGGUCCCGCCACCCCGCGUACCCGUACGAGCGCCGCGGCGCGGACCCCCUUUCCCUUUUUUUCGACGGCGCGCCGAAGCGGCGCCGCUCUCAGGACCGCGCGCCCUCCGACGCGCCGCCGCCGGCGCACGCGCGCCGCGCCGCGCCGCCGGGCGACCCGUUCAGCCCCCGGAUGAAGCCCUACGCGCGCUUCUGGACGCUCCCGAGCGACGACGACGUCGCGGGACCCGAAGAAAGUUACCGGGUCCGCGGCGACCUCGACGUCGACGGCGGCGUCGUCCAGCGGCCCUCCGCGCCGCCCUACGCGCCCCAGCCCGCGGCCUGCUACUCGCACCCCUACGUCGUCCACCGGCCGGGCAUCAUCUCGCAGGUGCCCCUCCGGCCCGGCGACCCCGCGGGCCAAGCGGCGGCCGGCGACGACGCGAGCCUCAGCAGCUGGCCCUCCUUCUCCCGGCUCGGCGACGUGGAUGACGACAGCUGGCCGUCCUUCUCCCACCUCGGCGACGCGGCCGACGACCCGUUGCUGACCCACCUCGACGACGUGGUCGACGACUCGUUGCUGAAGGCCGACGCGAUCGACGGCGCCCUCGCCAACUCCUUCAGCGUCGACGGGGACGCGUCGGUGCGCGCGGUGCGCAUCAUGCUCAACGGCGACAACAGCGUGCUCACCGUCGCGUGGGACGACGACCCGGCGGCCGUCGCCGACGAGUUCUGCGGGGCGCGGCAGCUCGAGGACGCGGCGAACCGGGAGGUCGUGGGGCACAUCGCCGCGGCGCUCCAGAGCGACGGCGCGACGCGGCGCGCGCUCCUCGACUGGGCCGACCGCGUCGACGACGCGAUCGCGCCCGAGCGGCCCGGCGCGCCCCUCUUCGAGCUCGUCGUCGCCCAGGGCUACGGCCCGUUGGCCGUCGUCGGCGGCGACACGGCGCGGGGCGCGGCGGACGCCGGCGCCGGCGACGGCGCCGGGCCGCGCGGCGAGGCCGUCGACGCGCGAGUUCAGCAGGACCAUCGCGACCUCGUCGCCGAGGUCGUCCGCGACGGCGUCGACGGCGGCGGCGGCGGCCUCGUCGAGGCGGCCGACGACGAGGACGACGCCGCGGCCAUGUAUUUGGAGAUGGCCGGCGGCAACAUGGAGAUCGCCGUGAGCAUCUUCUUCGACGGCGGCGGCGCGCCGCCGGCGCCGCCGGCGCCGCCGGCCGCCGGCGACGACGAGCACGCCGCGGCGACGGCGGCGCUCGUCGGGGCCGGCGGCGCGUUCCCGGCCGCGUGGCUCGACCAGGGUUUGGAGGCCGAGUUCGAGCGGGGCCAGCUCGUCGUCCGCCAGCACGGCAACGGCCCCUGCGGCGUGCUCGCCGCGGCGCACGCGCUCGCGGCGACCUACGGCCUCGCCGACGGCGCGUCGGCGCUGCGGCGGGCGGCGGCGGCCAUGGUCGCGGUCUGCGGGAUAGACGGCGACGCCAAGGUCGCGCGGUGGGCCGGCGACGUCGGCGGCGCCGUCACGCACGACGUCGUCGCCGCGGACGUCGGCGCCGUCGAAGCGCGCGUCGGCGCCGCCUUCGAGGCCCGGGGCGGCGUCGCGCUGCUCGUCUACUCCUGCGUGCUGAGCCGCGGCGCCGCGCGGUGCCUCGCCGACGCGGCCGUCGACGGCGGCGGCGGGCCCUUAAUUUACGGGCCCUUCCACCUGUGCACGACGGAGCUGCUGAACCUCCUGCUCUUCGGCGUGGCCCGCGGCGACGUCGGCGCCUACGGCGGCGGCGACGCGGCCAAGGCCGACUGGCGCGGCGCGUCGCCCGUAGGGCUCCUCAGCGCCGACGAGGUCGAGAGCGGCGUGCCCGUCGCCGACGAGCUCAAGAGCCCGGCGGGCCGCGCGCUCCGGCUCGCGCCCGCGUCGCUCGAGCCCGCGCCCAAAACCCCCGGCACCUGGCGGCCGACGCGCUACCGCCUCGUCGUCGGCGAGAUUGAGUCCGUCGUCCAGGCGCACCCGGCGGACAAGGCCGCGGCGCCGCGGGCCUGGCGAAAGCACCGCUACGAGCUCGCGCUCGCGACCGCGGCGCACGUCGCCGACGACGCCCAAUCGCCCGCGCGGCCCGCCGACGCGCCGCCGCCGCCGCUCUUCGAGCUCGGCGACGCGGACCCGGACGAGAAGUGGCGCUGCGCGGCGUGCUACAAGGACCGCUUCCGGACCUUUUGCUUCGGGGAGAACGCGGCGGGUUCGGACGCGUGCAAGUUCUGCGGCGCGGCGCGCGCCGGCAACCACACGAUCUGGCGCCGCUUCGACGACCUCCCGCCCGCGGCGCGGCGGCGCGUCGACCGCGCGUCCGGGCCGAAGCUCCUGUCGAUCCUGCGGACGCGCUGGCCCGACGCGGAGCUGCUCGUCGAGGAGGACGCCGGCUUCGUCCCCGCGGGCGACGCGCGGGACCCGCUGCCGGCGGUGUAA